AGAUUUUAGCGCAAGUUUCAACUAUGUAAAAUAAAUAAAUCCUCUAACAUAUCAAUUUUUUCUGUGUUUUUUUUAAAUCCCAUUCUAAACUUUCGGGAGAGUUUAUAAUGACCCUAGAUAUGCUUAAAUUUUUAAAAAUGCCUGUUACGGCAUUAAAAAUUUGAAGGUAUGAGGGAAAAAACAUUUUCAUGUCUCAUCUCAAACUUAUAUAGGUAAACAGUAAUUUAAUAAUACAAAUUCCCCUCUUUUCCAUCUAUAAUGUAAAUAAAAACGUAAUCCUCUAACCAAUAACAAUCCAGGAAGCAACAAACCACACAGAUGGAGAAAGAAAGCCUAUGACUGGACUCAAAAAGGUUGACAUAGAAAGAGUCGAUCGAUCUCUAGAUUGUAUUUCGUUCAUUUGAUUGGACCUAAAAUAGCUUGACAUAGAAAAAGCAGAUUCUUUUUCGCAAUUAAAGAGUUUGGCCUUAUUUAAUCCAUAAUAAUUAUUGAAAUUUUUAUUAAUUUGACCUCUGCGUCAGGAUGCAUCAUUUAAAAUGAGCACGGAAAAAUAAUAAUAAAUUUAAAUAAUGACGAAAAAUGUACAUAGACACGAAUGGCCAACAGGUGGCACCAUGUGUAUUUUUCUUUCAGAUGUAAUUGGCUGAACCAUUUGUCGCAUAUUAGCUGCAGAGAUUUUUGAGUUAUUUACGUCAUUUUCGUUGCAUCUUUCAUCCAUCCACAGAGGAGAUAUGUUUCUCUGAGCAUCCAUCUUUUUUGAAGCAUAAGCCGGUUUAAUGUACUCCAAUCCACUUACCUGUUGUGCAUAUUGUUAUAAGAAAGCCGGAUAAUGUCUAUCAAGUCAGUAUUUAAAAAAGAUAAUUCGAAAUGUGAUGGACAUGAAUCUUCUGAUUUUCCCAAGAUGUCUGAGCAUUUAACAGAUUCAAAUAUUUUACAAUCGAAAAAGACUUAUGGAAGAAACAAAAAUUAUGCCAGUUUGUCAGUGUAUAGUGAAUCUUUUUCUGCUUUUGUUGAGGAGUUAUGCACAGAAGAAAAUUCUGCAUUUGCAACAAGUAUUACAAGCAGCAGUUAUAGUAAAAAUAAAGAUCAGGAGGAUGUUAAUUCAGAAUUCUGUCUAUUUAAUGAUGAAGAUACUGAUUAUUAUAUUUCUAGUUCGAAUGAUUGGAUUUCUUCCCCUAAUCUUGAAACAGCAAGCUCUCAUUCAAAUUAUCAGCGCACUAGGAAAAAUCAAAAGGAUCGAUUAAAUAAUAAGCUGUAUAAUUCUGAAAAAACGUUUAAAUUGCCAUCACAUGAAGAAAAUUCAAAUUCUGAAGCAGAUGACAAAGAAUUUAAAUCUGCCAGUGAUUUUUUAAAUCUUGACCAAGCAACUAUUUCUCUUAAGCAAAGCUCUCUUCUGUCCCACAACAACCAUGCAGGAAUUGAUGUGAUAUCUAGUGAUGAUCCUGUUGAUGUAUUACCUCAGAAAUCGAGCACAACCUCAACCAUGCAAGUGGCUAAACCAUCUGGAUUGGUUUUUGGUAAAGGACUUUUUUUUGAAAAUCCUUUGAUUAAUACAAGUAUUUUUUCAAUAGUAGACCUGGUAAAGAGAUUUUCAGUUAAUAAUGCAAAAAAUAACCCUUCCAGUAAAAAAAAUAAUGAAGGAUGUGAAUUAGCAUCUAUCAAAAAGAAAUCGGUUGCAAACCGUGCUGCAUCAUCAAAAAGAAAUUCUUUUGAUACAAAAACAUUAAAUUCUACUGUUUCUGUUAAAAAAUCUAGAAAAAGUGUUAUUUUUAAAAAUAAUGAGAUAAAUCUUGGUAAUCUAGAUGUCAAAAAGAAUAAUGCUAAAACUCCAAGAUCUAUACCGAAACGAAAUGUCAGGUCUUUUGAUAAAGUGGAAGGAAAUGUAGAUAUAAGUUAUGCACGUAAUACGGACACACCCAAGAAAAGCAGUGCCAAAACAUUUUCGGAAGCUGUACAGGAGGGAAAUAUUAAAAGAAGUGUUAAAGCUGAAGUUAAAUCAUCAAUUACUCAUAUAACUUCUGAUUUCCAUUUAGUUGGAAAUGGAACUACUGGAAAAAUGCAGUCGGAUUGUGAUGAAAAACAAAUUGAAAAGCUUCCUUUUGUUCAUUCGCACGAACAAAAGGAAAAUGCAGUUCAGAGCCAAUUUUUUAAUAUUCCCAUAAUCUCUGCUCCAAUUUCUCAAGAAACGAGUCCUCCAUUCAUAUGGAGCAGCAAUGAUAACCAGGCUGUUUCAUUUGGGAAUAUUGAAGAUUUGGCUAUUCCUGGUCCUUCUACUUUGAGUAAUAAUCAUUCAAGUAUGGAAAGUAAUGAAUGCAAUACUGAUAUUGAGCCUGUAAAUGGUAGCUGUGUUUUGAUAAAGAAAACUACUACAACUACUACUCUCUUAGAGAAUCCUAUCUGUCAUAAACAGGAAAAAAGGCCAGGAACUCUUGCUUAUCUUGGUGUUACUGCUGAGCAACGUGCAAGUGAUUAUUUUCAAAAAACUGAAAAUAUGUGCAUAUUAAGAAAGCAAGAGAUGGCUGAUGAGAUAUUUUCGAGGCAUCCUGCUCUUAGAGAUGUAACUGUGAGUGAGUUCUGCAGUUCUCCUAGAAUAACAAAUACUUUUUUUGACUACUUAGAUCAGUCUGUUGGUUUUCCUCCUAAUUACCAUGAUGUAAGUAAAGGGUAUGAUUUUCCCGAAAAUUUUGAAACAGAAAAUCUGUUGAGUGUUUUAAAGGAUUUUGUACAUUCUAUCAUUUAUUAUUUAAUUCCAAAAGAUGGGCCAAAACCUUUAUAUAUACCAUAUUCCCGAAUCGUGAAUGCGGCAGUGCACAAAAUGUCAGCUACAGAGCAGGCUAUUGUGACACUGGUAUUCAGAAAGAACUUUCCGUUGGAUAAUCCUUUCGUAAAACUGGAUGAUAUGUUGUCAAAAUUGGAUUUUGCUGCAAUGCUUGUGAUCUUUUACGAAUAUAAAAGGAGGCAAAUUAUUUCAAAUUUAAAGAACUGAAACAUGAUUAUUUUAAGUUUUAUAAUUUUUUAAGUGUAUGGUUUGAUGAUAAAAUUGUUCUUGGAAUAAUAUUUGAAUACAUAAAUUGCUUGAAUAUUUUAUUAUAUCGGAUAUAAUUAUGAUUGAUUAUAUCUGCCUGUAAUAUAUAAUGAUAUAUAUAAAGUGUUCUUUAUUGGAUUUUUCUCUUACUACUGAAAUGUAUUUUAAUUAUGAUAUAAAAAGCACAUAAAGAAAGGAAAACAUAAAUUAUUAACAAUUUUCUUAACAUUGUGUUUGUGUAGUUAACAGAGUAUUGAGAAAAUCUUUUGAAUAUACAUAGACUAUAUUACUAAUAUUUAUUUGAACUGAUAACUGUAUAUUUGUUAUUGUAUGUCUUGAUGUGAGUGUGUAUUUAUUCUAUCAGAUUAUUGAUGAAACUUUGUAAUUGUUGCAUAAUUUCAACUCUUCCCUUUUUUCAAAUAUCAGUAGUUGUAGAAAAAUUCAUCAUUUUUGAUAAAUUUAAUGUGUGGACAGUAUUUUAUGUUAUGUUGAAUUUUAUUUUAAGUACAAUUUCUAAAUGAAUGAAUAUCUGAAACUGCCAC